GCUCGGUUCGGCUCCGCUCGGCUCCCUCCGCGCGCACCAUGGGGCUCUCGGCGCCGGCCUGCGCGCUCCUGCUGGCCGCCGCCGCGCUCGUGACCGCGGCCCAAGAUUGCAUCUGUGACUCCAGCAAACUGACAACAAACUGCUUUAUUGAAAAUGGUGAAUGCCGGUGCCAGGCCCUUGGUUCACCGAAUAGAAUCCAGUGUUCAAAACUGGUGUCGAAAUGCCUGCAGAUGAAGGCCGAGGUGACCGGUACAAAGAGCGGGCGCAGGAAAAGACCCGAAGGGGCUUUCAGGAAUAACGACGGACUGUACGACCCGGAGUGUGACUCGUCCGGCAUCUUCAAGGCCCGCCAGUGCAACGACACGAGCACGUGCUGGUGCGUCAACACCGCCGGCGUCAGGAGAACGGAGAAGAGCUCUGAAAUCGCCUGCAGCGAACUGGUCAGGACCUACUGGAUCAUCAUUGAACUGAAGCAUAAACCGAGAGAGAAGCCCUUCGACAGUCAGGCGUUGGAGAAGGCUCUGAAAGACGAAAUUGAGAGACGUUAUCAGCUGGAGAGGAAGUUCAUCAAAAACUUUCUGUAUGAAAAGGACGGGAUCGUUAUUGAGCUGAUGCAAAAUGCUACCGAGAGCUCUUCCUCGAGCGUGGACAUAGCCGACGUGGCCUAUUACUUCGAAAAAGAUAUCAAAGGAGAAUCUUUCUUCCAUACAAGUAAAGGCAACAUUACGGUAAACAACGAAGUCCUGGAGCUGGAACCCGACAAGACCUUAAUUUAUUAUGUCGACGAAAAGGCCCCCGAGUUUUCGAUGAAAGGGCUCACAGCCGGCGUCAUCGCUGUCAUCGUGGUGGUGGUCCUGGCCAUCGUUGCCGGGGUCGUCGUGCUGGUGGUCACCAGAAGGAAAAGGAAUCGUCGCUAUGAGAAAGCCGAAAUAAAGGAGAUGGGUGAGAUGCGUAGAGAAUAUAACUCGUAACCAGCCUGUUCGGAAGAUUGGACAGCAAGCAGAGAGACCAAAUGGCAGCACCAAUACAAGGGGACGUAUUCAUGGGAGGGAAGGGCGGGGGGGGGGAUAGUGUCUUCGUAGGUAAAAGUCUGACUUCGUAUGCUUUUAAAAUCCGCUCAGCGUUUUAAAAUGCUCCCUGAGGAACGGUAGUUUUCUCUUCAGGAUGUGAAAUCGGUUAGCCGUACUUUAAACGAAUGGACAUUUCUUAAAUUCACAGACAAAACUUCGACUCUCACUUGCCUAAAUUGAAGAAGGUGGACUAUUUUUUAAUGAUACCUUUUAAUAGCGGGGUGUGAAAUCGGGGUGCUAGGGUGUAAGCUUUCAGUCUCGCUUAUUUGUAAAUGCUGAGAUGGCCUCCGGUAACUUUUGUUAAGAGACUUGUGUAUAUAUAUUUUUUGACUUUAGAUUCCCAUCACUUUUUGUAUGAACGCCGAAAUAAAAACACGUUGUCUAA